AUGUCCGAGGGAACCGCCGCCUCUAUAUGGGCCUCACCUCCGCCGGCGACCAAGGCCAAGGAAUCAGCUCCCAAAGAGCCGGCCGCUAACAACAGCAGUUCGCACCAAAGGGGCAGUAGAGGCGGCAGCAAUGCGAAUAAAAAGCGCGCAAGGGGAGGGAAGAGGCAGUCUACAGCCAAUGCAUCGUCCGACCCCGCACCGACUAGUACGACCACUGAUGCUGCUCCCCGCCCUAAACUUAUCGAUCGCUUGGGCAUGGCACCCGAUGCUCCUGCCUCUCCUCCCGUCCAAGCAUCGGCCGCAAGCGCUCCCAAGACCGAUUCUCCGGAUUCCAAGUCCCAGGCCAACCGGCGCGGGAAUGGGAAUGGGAAUAGGAACAGGGACAGGGCUGGCUCUAAGCGCAAGGCCCCGCCCAAAGGCCAAAGACGCCCCCCGCAUCUCAACGAAUCGAGUGAUAACAAUGGCGCACUUACACCCAAUGUCAAUGGCCUUGCCGACCGAUUCAAGAAUCUCAAUACCUCAGCGCCAGGAACACCUCGUCCAUAUACUCCCUCUGCGAUUGAUUGGGCGGGUGAGACCGAGGAUGGAAGUCUCCCAGAUCUCGACGACUGGGGUGUCAGUGCCAAGGCAUCCAGUCCGACGGAGAAUAGCAAACCCGAGGACAAGCAACCGGACAAACCAGCACCCCCCGUCGCAGAGUCCAAGCCCAACGGCCGGAACAACAAGCGAAAAGAUUCAAAGGCAGGCAAGAACCUCGCUGUACCUAACCGGAGCAGCGUAAAUCCCAACGGCAAUGCAUCUUCGCGCCCGGUCACUCCGUCGAGCACCGGAUUCUCCCCCUCAUUGCGGGGUAAGCAGCUGCCUGCACGUGCUUCUUCCCGCGCUUCGACUCUGAAUGAUCCUCCGCCCCAAAUCACCGUAACGACCCAAGAUAAACCUGCAACAACCGGUCUAGGGCUUGAUCUGGCCGUCGACGAGCCCGUGUUUGCGUCGAUCAACGACCCGUUGCCCGAACCUUCUUCUGAGCUUCACACCCACAUCAAACCCGUCGUACGCCAAAUGCGCAUCCGAAUGGCCGUGGCGCUCGAGGACGAGGCGGAAGGCCAAGAAUGA